GAAAAGAAUUACUGUGGUUAAAGAGUAAAAACAUCCAUAGUGUUAUUAUAGAAAAAUGACAGUCAACAAUAAAGUGUAAUUUCUGUGUUUAUUUCCAGAAGCUUUCUCAUAGACUGAGCCUUGUGUUAUGAGUUGAGUAGCAGAGAAUAGAAAAGAGAUGCUACUUGGUGUUUAUUUUUUCUGUUUGCAGCGGUCUAUACUUAAAAUAGCUUAUGUCAUGAGCUGCGUGUAGAACUAUAUAUUACUUGUUGCGCUAAUGUCUUCACCACUUUUUCUCUGUGAGAUGAGUUUCAAUGAGAAGCUGCAGCUGUGUGUGUGUUUUAGCAGUACGGGUGUUGAUGCGUAUAUGACUGUAAGGGCUUAUCUUUUCAUCACAUUAUCACACUGCAGAGCUCUUUGUCUCCAGGUGAAGUCGUACUACAGACAGGCUUCAGUCCAUAAGCAGAGCCUGAGAAAACCUGCAGAGUUUGGACAAGAGUGAAAAAGAAAGAUCCAAUCUCGCCAUGGCACUAACAGUGAACCUGAUUGGCCCUUCACCAUGGGGCUUCAGAAUAUAUGGAGGACGAGAUUUCAAGAAGGCCAUAACUGUAUCAAAGGUCAAUGAGGGCGGCAAGGCAGAGCAGGCAGCCCUGCAAGCCGGUGACAUUAUUUUGGAGAUCAAUGGAGAAAACACGGCUGAUAUGCUGAAUGCAGAGGCCCAGACCAAGAUCAAGAACUCCAAGACCUCUCUGCAGCUGGUGGUGGAGAGACCUGAAUCUCCCGGCGUUGGACAAACCAACGGCACUCCUGAACAGCUCAUUGGACGUUUCAAGGAAACAGUAAAACUGAAUCAAGAUGAGAAUCAAAACUAUAGAGAGUACACCAUCUCCAGCCCUGUGUCACGAUCUCCAGGACCGUACUCAACAGAUCGUCCUGCCAGCCCCGAUACAAGGAUGGAGAUGGUGACACCAACCAUCAACAAGAGUUUUCAGCUGCACUCAAGGUCACCAGAGGAGAGAAAUACGAGAUUGUCAGGACUCGUGUCACAGGACUUCUCGCCUUCAGACUACAGAAACAACUCUGUGUCCAACACAACUCCACAAGGACGCUUCUCACCCCAAAGUCCCACUGAGCGUGACGUACCAGUGUCGCCUCAUCGCAGCAGUCCCAGUUCUGACUUUGCCAUGCAGAGGUUCGACACAGACUCAGAGGUGUACAAGAUGAUCCAGGAGAACAGGGAGUCCCGCAAUCCACCUCGUCAGUCCAACACCUUUAAAAUGCUGCAAGAAGUCCUGGAGGCUGACGAAAAAGAGGCAGCUCUGAGGUUUCCAGGAAAUCUUUCACCAAAUGCCCCCAAAGCAACCACAUCAGUGGGAGGAACCAGCAAAUACCACACCUGCGAGAGGUGUGGUACCAAAAUUGUCUCACAGGCCGUGCGCAUCAACGACGAUCGAUUCCGCCACCCCGAGUGCUACACGUGCACAGAUUGCGGUCUUAACCUGAGUAUGCGAGGUCACUUUUGGAUUGGAGAUGUGAUGUACUGUGAGAAGCACGCCAAAGAAAGGUACCAGGGCCCGGCCAGCUCUCCCCCAGCCACCGUGUCCCCUCACCACUGAGUCUGCCACUCCACCCCUGCCUCACUGUGGACACAGAGGGCCGCCUGUUUGGCUUAAAUAUCCACCUCAUCUGACUGAGUUUUAGAUCUUGGGAAGAUACACGGAGGUGGAGAUGAAUCAGCAAUAUGGUCGAGGAUGCUCUUUUCUGAUCACAUUUAACCAUACUUUGCAGUAAUAUAAUACACUUUGUUGCCUUCUUUGUAAAUGUAUGAGAAAUGGGGCUUUGUUUGUCUUUUCUUUUCUUUUUCUUUUUUUUUUGUUUUAAUUAACCAGCCUCCGUGCCAUCUUUAGGUUAUUCUUAGGCCUAAUGAUUCACAGCUGCCAUGGACUCAAGCCACAUGACAUUAUGCUAAGGCCAGAUUUACAAAUCACCACUGCUUUGGACAAACUCAACAGGGCUGACUCUGAGGAUCAGGAUCUUCAUUUAAAUUUUCUGCUGACACAGUGGGAUCAAAAGCAAACCUACACUGCAUGCCUUUUUAAAAAAUGUAAUGUACACAGAUAGUGCUGUGUGGGUGUGUAUGUGUGCAUACUUUCUCAUGCAGGGGUGUGGCGGCUUCUUCAGGCCUUCCCUUCAUCUGUGGGUGUGUGUGUGGGUGUGUGUGUGCACAUGUGAGAGUGAGAGGCAGCAAGGAAGAAGGGAAAGGGUGUUCACACUGUUACAAACACAGGAGUUGCAAAUUUAGUAUCAGGCCAAAAACCCCUGAGUUUUUCUGUAUUUCUUUUGUAAUCUGAAUUUAUAAAUAAUGAGGGGAUUUUUUUUUUUGUGGCUGUUUUUGUUACCUUUUGAGGGACUAGAGUUUCAUUUAAUAUGCAAAUAUUUUUGAUGUUUGUGAUUGAAAUGUAUUCUAUAAUGUAGAUCACUUAAAAUGCAUAAUGUAUGCACAGGACAUAUAGUGUGAAAAGAAUCGAUGAUGCUACACUUACAGCAGUACUCAGAGAUGCACUAUAAUGUUCACAUUUCAUGUGGCACUUAAUAAAUUCGCACAACCUGAAGCUUCCUCAGCGAUAAUAA